AUGAUGUCUUAUCUCAAGCAACCUCCAUACACAGUGAACGGCCUGAGCCUGACCACUUCGGGCAUGGAUCUGCUUCAUCCCUCGGUCGGCUACCCCUCUACUCCGCGGAAGCAGCGGCGAGAGAGAACCACUUUUACCCGGGCGCAGCUGGAUGUCCUGGAGGCGCUGUUCGCCAAGACCCGCUACCCGGACAUCUUCAUGAGGGAGGAGGUAGCUCUCAAGAUCAACCUCCCCGAGUCCAGGGUGCAGGUUUGGUUCAAAAACCGUCGAGCAAAGUGCCGCCAGCAGCAGCAACAGCAGCAGAACGGAGGGCAGCAUAAAGUUCGGCCCAGCAAGAAGAAGAGCUCGCCAGCCCGGGAGCCGAGCUCGGAGAGCGGGGCGAGCGGUCAAUUCACACCGCCCUCCAGCACCUCGGCGACGGUCAUAUCCAGCAGCAGCGCCCCGGUAUCGAUUUGGAGCCCCGCGUCCAUUUCUCCGAUUGCCCCCGAUUGUCUGUCCACGUCUUCGUCCUGCAUGCAGCGCUCCUACCCCAUGAACUACACCCAGGCCUCGGGUUACACGCAGGGAUACGCCGGAUCCACGUCCUACUUCGGGGGAAUGGACUGCGGUUCGUACCUGUCCCCGAUGCAUCACCAGCUCCCAGCCCCAGGGACGGCGCUCAGUCCCAUGGGCACUAAUGCGGUCACUGCAGGCCACCUCAAUCAGUCUCCGGCCUCCCUCUCUGCCCAGGGCUACCCAGCCGGCGGAUUAGGCUUUAAUUCCACCGAUUGCUUGGAUUAUAAAGACCAAACAGCCUCAUGGAAACUCAACUUUAAUACUGACUGCUUGGAUUACAAAGAUCAAACAUCUUCGUGGAAGUUCCAAGUUUUGUGA